CCAUUCGAAGUUACCAACAUAAAUUUGUUUUUAUAGCCCUUGACCUAAAUUACCGAUUACGAAAUUGUUUAUAGAAUCUGCAUCAAUGUUUUGACAAGAGAAAUAUAAGAUCGAUGUUGACGUGAGAACGUGGGACAUCACUAAAGCGACCCCACUCGCGAUCCACAGUCCCCUCGCGCGCAGUGCACGCCGGGCUGUCUCGGAAAACGUUUCACUUUCCAUUCGCGCCGCCAUGCGUCUCGCAGCGCUCUGUGCGCUGUUCGCAGUCGCUAUUGCCGGUGAACUAACAACCGUAGACUACGUCAGAGAAAAGUUCUACACUCUAGAAGAAGACCUGUGGAGCAAUGUCACAGAUCCCAUGUGGAGAGACACGGGAUUGGGAGGGGACGUCGAGCUAACAAAGGCGUUCGUCGCGUUGGACCAACAGAUCGAAUCUAUACCGAGGUCGCCGAGGCCUCCGCUGAAAUCGUGGUUGUGGGAGAGAACGUUAGAGAAAUUGCAGUUGAUAGAUGGGUUUUAUAAGAACUUUGUGGACUUUGUGAAGCGGCAGUCGGUACCGGGCGCGGUGCCUGCGCCGGUGAGGGAAUGGCUGGACUUGGCCGAGCAAGUCUUAAUGGAUCCGAAGAGCUCGGUAGCGCAGGCUGUGAGAAAGAUACACGAGGUGUUAGCGCAUGGGGAUAUAUUCCGCACCGCACUGCAGCAGGACCAUCCCGACCUGUGCGAGUUCCAGCUGUCCCAGCACCAGCUGAUCUACGAUAUGUACAACACCAUCUCGCUCACAGAGAUCAAGGGCUACGCCAUGAUGCAGUUCUCUUGGAUGCUUCUCAGGAUAUAUGGGAAAGGCAACUUCACACAAGAAGCUAGUCUGACAAGAACGAGGUAUGGAGAAAGGACAUCUCAGACUGCAGCCGCUGCCAGGGCUGCGCUGGUCUUGGCGCAGCGAGACCUGUACCGAUGUGAUCCUCCACAUCAUAAGCUAGGCGAGACCUACGCAGAGGUAACCCGUCUCCUCCAAGGGUACGUGGAGAACGAAGUGGACAUGAAUACGGAAGGGACCUGCCGAGACAACUGCGCCUACUACACCCUGGCUGAGAACCACCACUGCUUCGCAGACCAGUUCUGUCAGAAGCAGAAGAUUUGCAAAGGAAGAAUCAUUGACUGUCAAUAUAUUGAUUCUGAUAUGUGGAUAUGUCCUGCGAGGCUACACAGCAACAGGCGGUACGACUGGAUUGAAUACGAGAACGGAAGAACAUUCGGCAGGGUCGGCAGCUGCAUGCAAGGGACGACCAAGGUGGAUUCGUGGUGGCGAUGGCUGUUUUGGCACUGUUCCUACUGCAUGUGCCUAUGCGACGACGCGAGCUACGACUCUGAUCGCUACUUCAGUCUCUGGGAUGCGACAUCUGACGUCAAGAACAACAAGGUAGUAACUGGGUUGAAACUGGUGAAGCUCGGAAGAGUGUUCCACCUUCAAGUAGCGGAAGGUACUCUUGGGGAGCGAGGCGUGGUGACGCCAGGGAACUGGGUGCCGGUGCAGAAGUUCGACCCUCUAGACCCUGGCAUGAGGGACGGGGUGGACUUCCACACACUGUCGUACGAGCGGAGAGCUGUGGAUUUGGAUGAGCUGGAUUCGCCCGCUGGUAGCAUCUUGACUGGAGUUAGAUUCCGAAUGCUGGGUGCUCACUUGCACUUCGAGAUCCGCUCCACCCCCUUCAACUUUACAACAGGAAGACUCUACCCGGAGAAGAGCAUAUGGCUCAGUAACGACAAUACUGACGGAAACGCCGAAAAACCCAGAAAACGCCUAGAGCUCCACCGGCCAGACAUCCCGACGCGAACGCAGACGCCUCUCCCAGUGGACUCGUCACACGACCAGUACAUCGAGUUUACACACAGCGACUUCGAAGCCGACGCUGCGCAGAGCACCGUGCCGUUUAUUGAUAUUCAACCCGUCAUGCCUAUGAAAGGCGCGUCGUUAGCAAGCGGCGCAGGCGUGAUCCACCGCGGGUCCCGCGGCUCGGGCGGGUUCCUCGCGGUGAAGCUGUCUACGUACGACUUCGCCCGCCACGUGCGCGCAGCCGCCCCACCCACGGCUUUCGAAGAGGAAGACACCACAGAGUUCUCACCCGCCAUCAAUUAGUUAACAAUUACUGUACUUUAGAUUAUACUCAUCUUUUGUAAUUAGCUUUAAGUCUAAGUAAAUUUUGGUAUAAUAAAAUUUUGGUGAAAUUUUA